UGGAUGUCACACCACUUCCUUAUUGUGUUAUUAAACCCACAACAGUAAAAUCAGUCUGUAUAUGCAGUAAAGCAUGCUUGUUAUACUCACUGUGGAACCUAAGGUUAAUCCUCUGCAUUGUUUAAAAAUGCUGCUUGAUCCUGACUUCUCUGCUCCUCUCCUUCUUCCAGUGCCCCCCUCUUAUCUCCUAAUAAGACAUAUCAUGUGGAGAGUCACUCUGCAUAUGCUCAGUUUAGUGUGCAUGGCUAGAGUUUUCUUUUUUCUUUGGGAGGGUGCA